AUGGGCUGGUCGCCCCACAGCCUCGGCGUGCACAAGCUGCUGGGGCCGCUGCGGCCCCUGGUCACGCCCGUCGUCGACGCGGCGUCGCGGCGGCGCCUGGCGAGGUGCGUCAACGUCGCCGACCUGCGCAUCGCGGCGGAGAAGCGCAUGCACCGCAUGUGCUUCGGUUACCUCGACAGCGGCGCCGACGACGAGGUGACGCUGCGGCGGAGCAAGGACGCGUUCCUGGAGCGGGAGCUCCACUACCGCGUCCUCGCCGGCACGCGGCCCGAGACGCUCGACGCGUCGGCGACGCUCAUGGGCUCCGACCUCGCGCUGCCCUUCUUCUCGUGCCCCUGCGCGGGGAACCGCAUGUUCCACACGGAGGGCGAGGUCGCCGCGGCGGCCGUCGCGCGCGAGCGGGGGAGCCUCUACUGCCUCUCGACGCUCGCGACGUCGACGCCGGACCAGAAGCCCCCGCGGCUCUUCCAGCUCUACGUCUGGAAGGACCGGGCGCUGGUGCGGCGCAUGCUCGACCUCGCGGCCUCCGCGGACUUCGACCACCUCGCGCUGACCGUCGACCUCACGUGGUUCGGCAACCGCGAGCGCGACAAGCGGCAGGGCUUCACGAUCCCGCCGAGCUACAGCGCGCGGCAGAUCUUGGAUGGGGUGAUGGCCCCGGCCUGGACCUGGGACCUGCUGAGCAGCGACCCCUACACCUACGCGAACAUCGACGAGGACGUGCCCGCGGAGGCGCUCGCGGCCUUUGUGAACGCGCAGCUCGCGUGCGACUUCGACUGGGACGACGCGAAGUGGCUCGUCGGCGAGUGGAAGCGGCUGCGGCCCGGCGGGACCAUCGCGUUGAAGGGCGUCGUGCGCCCGGACGACGCGUUGCGCGCGCGGGACCUGGGCUUCGACUGCGUCUGGGUGUCGAACCACGGGGGCCGCCAGCUCGAUACAGCGCCCGCGCCGCUCGACGUCCUCCCGGCGAUCCGGGAGGCCGUCGGGUGCGACUUCGACCUGAUUCUGGACGGCGGCGUCCAGCGGGGCACGGACAUCGCCAAGGCGCUGGCCCUGGGCGCGUCGGCCGUCGGCGUCGGCAAGCCCUUCCUCUACGGCCUCGGCGCGGGCGGCAAGGCGGGCGUCGACAAAUGCUUCGACGUGCUCGACGCGGAGCUGCGCACGUGCAUGGGCCUGCUCGGCGUGCGGACCGUCGCGGAGUUGAGGGAGCACGGCGGCGACCUCGUCCGGCGGCGCCACCCGAGCUUCCGCGACGCGCAAGGGGCGCGAUACGCGCCGGGCGGCCUCUGCUGA